CUGUUGCGUCAUUCGUGCGGCGACAUUUGAAUGGGAGGGUGUUAUUCGCACGCUGACAAUUUGACCGAAUAUAUUAAAAAUUUUUGUGCUAGUUCUGAGAAAGUCCAAGUUUUCUCACUUGAUGUACCAUCUAGAAUUCGCUUUUUUUCGCACAUGCGCAUUGAGCCAAAGUGACAGAUGACAGAUGGCGCCGCGGAGCGGAACGUCGCAAAAGCAAAAGCAAUGUACGUCGGGGAUAUAUGAUUUCAAAACACGAAGAAGAUGCGCUCGUUCGUAGUUUAUUAUAAUCGCGUGUAUAUAAGGUGAAUAUCGGGCUGUCGCCGAGGUGUAACGCAUAAAAUGAGACGUUAUGUUCCAUUCGGUGCGAUUUCUUAGCGGGCUGCUCAUCUUUCUGCCAACGAUCGCGCUAUGCGAUGGCACGAAUCUGACGUAUUCAAUCGACUGCAAUAAUCUCCGAAUGGGACAGUACAUCUGUCCCCAUCCCGAUUACGAUUUCAUUGAUCCCAAAACGCAGCAGCCACGUGGCUGCACCAAGGAGAACAAGGCCAAAGUGUUAUGUCUAGUUGCUGAUGGUCUCAUUUGUACAGAAACGAAAAAUAAUACUUUCAAGAAGGAUAUACCUUGCAAAUGGACGAAUGGAUAUUCUUUCGAGACAUCAUUAUUGUUAUCGAUAUUUCUUGGUAUGUUCGGUGCUGAUCGAUUUUACCUUGGAUAUCCUGCCUUGGGCUUACUCAAGUUGAGCACACUGGGGUUUCUUUUUCUUGGUCAAUUUGCUGAUGUAAUAUUGAUAGCUACGCAAAUUGUAGGACCAGCAGAUGGUUCGCACUAUGUGAUGCCAUAUUAUGGUGCUGGAAUUAAUAUUAUAACGAGCAACAAUUUUACGUACAGAGUGCCACAAUGCGACUGUUGAGAGAAAGGAGGAAACCCACUGUACAAAUGACAAUUUUUUUUAAACGUUGUAUAAUCUCUGCUUCUAACGCGAACAACGAUGUACAAUCCUAAACUCGAGUCCUAUUUCGUUAUAUAUUUGAAUGUAAAUUAAUCUCUAUAUUACUAUAUGAUAUUACUAUUUCAAUGAAUAAGCUAACUUAGAUAUAUAUUUCAACGAAAUACUGUAUAUAAGAAUUUACGCAUUGCCAGGUAAUAUAAUUAAAAAUAAAUUUUCCGCAUUUAUUU